AUGAGUAUAUCGAAGUGUUUGUUGAGUUUAGCUCUCAAUUACUUAAAUUCUUGACUGGCGAGUUGAUAUACAUUCAAGGUUUCUAACUCGCGAGGAGCCUACAGUAAUUCUACACCGUGCGAUUGGAACACUAGAGCUGUGACCAGGGUCAGCAGACGAUGGCAGACGACCCUAAACACCAAAGAAAACCUCAUGAAUUUGGCCUUCUCACUAAUGGGCAUGUGCGUUCGAACUUUUUCACGCAACAUCCUUGUAAACAAACAGAGUUUGACAAAAUCUACCUAUACAGUAAACCUCAGAAACAAGCUCUAAGGAAACGCAUUGUGAAGUCAGGACAUUGUCAGCCAGGAAGGACAGUAUUAUCUCUCUUUCCUGCCCUUAAUUGGUUGCCAAAAUAUGAGUGGAAGGAAAACAUUAUGAGUGAUAUAGUGGCAGGUUUUACAGUGGCCAUCAUGCAUAUACCACAAGGAAUGGCAUAUGCACUGCUUGGAGGAGUACCCCCUAUUGUAGGUAUAUACAUGGCCUUCUUUCCUGUUCUUCUCUAUGUGCUCAUGGGUACAUCACGUCAUGUCUCAAUGGGUACAUUUGCAGUAGUGUGUAUGAUGGCCAGCAAGUCUGUGCUCACAUACUCUGUCAGUGAGCCACCUGUUUCAGUGUCACCAUGCAAGAAUCUCACUGAACUGAACAGCACAGAUCUAGCAGUGAUACUUGCCAGUAAAAACUCAACAGAUUAUACUCCGGUGCAAGUUGCAACAGCAGUGUGUUUUGUUGUUGGUGUAUGGCAGGUUCUGUUGGGAGUUUGCAGAUUAGGGGUUCUGAGUGUGCUUCUAUCUGACACAUUGGUCAGUGGCUUCACAACAGGGGCAGCAGUACAUGUCCUUACAUCACAGGUCAAGAACUUGCUGGGUGUGAAGGUGCCACGGUACAGUGGCCCUCUGAAGGUUAUUUAUACAUACAUGGACGUCUUCCAGAAUAUUGGCCAAUCUAAUCCAGUGGCAAUUGGCAUCUCUGCAGUAUCCAUAAGUGUUUUGUGCUUAUACAAUGAAGUACUCAAACCCAUAAUUGGAAAGUGGUUACCUGUUCCUCUGCCUAUAGAACUCUUGACAGUGAUUGCUGGAACACUGGUAUCCAUGUUCCUUAACCUCACUGUUAAUCAUAAUGUUACUGUUGUAGGGGAAGUACCAACAGGACUACCAGAACCAGUUGCACCACCGUUUGCCUUGAUACCCAAGUUAUUAGUGGAUGGGUUAGUCAUAGCAAUUGUUGCCUUUUCUGUAAAUAUGUCCAUGGCUUCCAUAUUUGCUCGAAAACUGAAUUACAGUGUUGAUGCAAAUCAAGAGCUGCUUGCAUCCGGAGCUUCCAAUAUUCUUGGGUCAUUCUUUUCAUGCCUUCCAUUUUCUGCAUCAUUAUCAAGAAGUCUGAUCCAGCAGACAGUGGGUGGGAAAACACAACUAGCCAGUGUGGUGUCGUGUCUUCUGUUACUGCUUGUUUUGCUGCUUAUCGGACCGUUCUUUGAACCUCUUCCCAAUUCCGUAUUGGCAUCAAUCGUGGUUGUGGCAUUGAAAGGGAUGUUCCUGCAAGUGAAAGAUUUGCCAGUGGCCUGGAGGCAGUCCCCGUUUGAUGGCAUGAUUUGGCUCACCACUUUUCUAGCUGUAGUUCUGCUUGAUAUUGACUAUGGACUGGGACUGGGUGUGGCACUUUCUCUGGUCUGUGUGCUUAUCAUGGGGCAAAGACCUAAAGUAUGUCUUCUUGGUCAAGUGCCAAAUACUGAGAUCUUCCUUGACAUAAGUCGUUAUCAAGCAGCUUCAGAAAUCCCAGGAAUUCGGAUAGUUCAAGUGGCUGGAGGUUUGCAUUUUGCAAACAAAGACCAUGUUCGGAGGAAAGUCAAUCGGCUGGUUGGAGACAUAUCAGUAAAAGAAACUGUGGGCACAAUAGUGAAGAACUCUGAAGCGUAUGAGGAAGCAGAAAUUACAAGGAAAGCAAAUUGUGAUUCUGCAGCACUAAUGGUAGAAAAUAAUCAGGUAUCCUGCGUAAUACUUGACAUGAUGUCAGUAUGUUUUGUUGAUCCAUCUGCCAUCAAGACACUUAUUGCAAUGUAUAAAGACUUUAAGAGCAGAGGACUCCUCUUCUGCCUAGCUGAUUGUUCAGCGACUGUUUAUGAAAGAAUGCUUCAUUGUGACUUCUUUGAAGAUUUUCCUGAUUCACAGUUGUUUCCAUCAGUUCAUGAUGCAGCACUGUAUGCACUACAGUUAGAGAAAUCCUGAGAGUAAUGCACUUCUUCAUUGUUAUUUAGUGAAUUAAAAGUAUGGGAAGUGAGUUCUGUGUCCUUAAUGCAGAGCUGUGAAAAUUGUGGGUACUUCAGAUGUGUACCAUUUUUUGCCAUAUUGUAUUUUAUACUUUAGGCAGUUCUUUGUGAUAAUAUUUUAGCAUCAUAAAAUACUUAAAAUCUGAUGGAAGUUCUGUCGACUUACAAACAUUUUACAUCAUUUUUAUUACAACAAAAUUUAGCUUGGAAAUCUUGGCAUAAUAUCAUGAAUAGAAGUGGCCGAGUACUUGUAUGCUUUGUCAAGUUAACAUGCUGUGCAAUACAAAUUUAAUCAUAUUUUUAAGAAAUCUUUUUGCUAACUUCUUGGGAGUGUUUCUGCAGUUUAUAGUUUGUUAUUGCAAAGGAAUCCAUUACUAGCAAUAUGAUUUCUUUAUGGUUUGAAAAUGGCUUUUGAAUUUCCUAGAAACUGUAAUUUAUCCAUUGGUUAAAAACUGUUAGAAAAUUAAAAAUUAAACUACAGAUAAGAAAUGUCGUUAAAAUUAAGACAGAUUUAAAUGUUUCAUACAGUAUUUUUAAUUUACAUAUUUUGUUAUUUAUUAUUAGUAGUUCAUGAAUGUUUUAGAUCAUUAGAAUUCACAACAUUUGUCAUAAGUUCUUUUAGCAGUAUUUUUCUAAAGUGAAAUUCAAACUGUGAUAUGAACUUGAGUAGUCUGCAAGGAUUAAUGUCUUGGACCUUGGCAGUGAGAGCCGGUUCAUACUUGCAUUUCAUAAUGUCUACUAGAAUAAAAUAAAAAUCCUGAAGUAUUUGCAAUUUAGAGGAAUCCAUAUUUCUCAAGCAAUAAAUUUCUUACAAUGUAGGCUGAUGUUUUUCAAAGAAAAUGUUUCCUUGUUUAUGGAAGUGCAGAUAUUUUAAUACAAUAUCUCUUUGCAAUGUUAUGUUUAAUUGAAGUAAUACUGUUUGGAUUUUAAAUUACGCAGGCAGGUUUGUUUUUAUGGCAGUGACUUAAAAAGGUAUUUUACUUAUUUACUUAUUUAGCAUAACAUAGUAGAUGUAAAUUGGAUUAUGUACUCAGAAAUAUGAUUUUCUAUAAUUAGCAGGGGACUGUUUUAUGUAAUGUAGUUUAUGAUGGCAUUAUUUCAGUCCUUUUUUCCUCAACAUUUUAGUUCUUCUGAAUAAUUCCAACAUUUUGUAGUUGUGUGCAGAUGUUUGGUGUAUGUAUCAGUAUUGUGUGAAGUGGAUUUAUACCUAGAUUGACAUGAAGCAGAAUGGCAGAAACAACAGUGACAUGAGUACUUCAGUCAGGGUAGAAUAUGUCAGUAGGAUUUUUGAAAGUUUAUACUUUAUUUCAGUCUGCAGAAAUUACUAAAAUAGUCCAUAAAAUCGUUGUGUACCUCUACAAAUUAUAUGUACUCUGUGAAAGGUGCGUCCUUUGCUACAAUUUCAACAUGCAAGUGACCUUGUCAUAUAUAGUAAGCAGUGACUAUCAGUUGUUGCUACUCUCACCAGUCCUUCCUUGCUAUGUCUAGUGUUGCUGUUGGGGAAAAAUUUACCCAGUAGUUUGAUUUGGUUAGUUUUGGUGAACAUUUUUGAAGGAAAAGUUUUAGAGGUGAAGGUAAAUAUGAUGAUAAAAUUAGAUGCGAUUUUUCAGAACAGUCUCCUGACAGUGAUGUUAUACAUCACAAUAGUGUAAGGCAGUUAAUGUUAACACUUUGCGGACCACACACCCUUUAAAAGGUUUUUUGCUUUUAAACAUGGCGGACCGUUCACCUGUUAACUGGCUUUUAGAACACGAUAAGUUGCAACACGCUAUACAUCGCUCUGGCACCACCUACAGUGCACGCAGCCACCUGCAGAUGCGUGAUAAGACUCUGGAAUGUUUAGUUAGCAGCCAGUAACUUGACCUCGCUGUUUACUUAACCGACUAUAAUGGAA